UGUUUGAGUUUUCCUUCUUCUUCUCUCUCUGUGUGUGUGUGUGUGUGUGUGUGUGUGUGUGUGUGUGUGUGUGUGUGUGUGGGUCUAUUGAGCUUGUUGGGCUUGUAGGAGAAGAAGGUGUGUGAAGUGGAGGUAGGCAAAGAUGGGAAGAGCUCCAUGCUGUGACAAAGCAAACGUGAAAAGAGGUCCUUGGUCUCCUGAAGAAGAUGCCACUCUCAAACGCUACCUUGAGACUCAUGGCACCGGUGGUAACUGGAUUGCCUUGCCCAAGAAAGCUGGCCUUAAGCGAUGCGGCAAGAGUUGCCGUUUACGGUGGCUCAAUUAUCUCAGGCCAGACAUCAAACAUGGAGGUUUUACUGAAGAGGAAGAUAAAAUCAUAUUCUCUCUCUAUAGUCAAAUGGGAAGCAGAUGGUCUCUCAUAGCCUCUCAACUACCAGGAAGAACAGAUAAUGACGUGAAAAAUUAUUGGAACACCAAAUUAAAGAAGAAGCUAUCACUUGAAGGAAAAACAAGCCUAGCAAUCAAGAACAACACAGAGAUCAUCACUCCUGCUAAGAAUUCUACUAAUUCUGCUCCUUGUUCCACACCUUCACUGCCUUGUAUCCUCCCAAAGACUGAAACUAACGGCAGCCUCACGUUCUGGGACUCAAUAACUCAAAGUUCAGUAACAUUGCCCAUUUUAUCUGAUGUUGGUUAUGAACCUAUUCUCAAUACUGCUCAAAGCUUGUGUCUAGACCCAGUUGAUCAAUUUUCCUUCCCUGCUGGGAUCAAUAUGGAUGUGUCGGAAUUGGGUGCUAAUUUGAUAAACAAUCAGAACAAAAUUGUCUUGUCGUCUCAAGAAGGUUCAAGCAUUUCAGAUUCAUCUUCAAUUGCUAUAGAUCAUAACAAGUGCCUCUCAUUGCCUAGUAAUGGUGGUACAGAUCUUGAACAUGCUGGGACUAUGUUAAUUGAUUCAGGAUUCGGAUUUCCUUAUGAUCCUGUUAAUGCCCUUUUGUUUGAAGACAAAGCAGGUGAAGUUGCUUCAACUUGCUGCCCAAAUUUUGGUGGUUUUGGGUAUGCUGAUAUUAAGCAUCAGCUAGGACAGAACCAAAGUGUUAUUAACCAAUAUUGACAAGGGGAAGGUUUCCUUUCACAUGUAUAUAUAUGAUUUGGAUCUUAAAAUAGGCCCUGAUGAUGAUAACAAUUAUCACUCUCAAGUAACUGAAGCUUAGUAGAUUUUAGGCAAAGCUUUUGUUCUGUUCAUUUGGACCCCCUUUGUUUUCUGCUAGCUAUAGCUAAUAGGAACAUCUCUCUCUCUCUCUCUCUCUAUAAUGUAAUACAAGAAAUAUAGCUAAUGGUAUCAUGAAUCACUGGUCAUUUUAACCUAUAAGGAAAAUGGAUAUAUGAAGAUACGAGCAGUGGCAUCAGCAUGUCUGCCUGUCUCUUACUCA